UUUUGCACACCCGCAAUGUGCUUCUAUUGAAAGUAUUCAUCAUGCUGUCAUAGGAAGUCACAGGUAGAAAAAGCAGUGCAAGAAAAGAUAAAACACAGGCCCACGAAACUUGUUUUCGGAGCGCUUUUAUAUUGCGUUUCAAAGUUUUGGUGGUUUACCCAUCUCGAGCAAAUUUCAAACCUUACCAAAAAACAAAUUAUGUUAACUCGCCACGGCGGCCAAGUGUCGCUGUAGUUCCUCUCAUUGAUCUCGCGUCACUUCCGGUGUGUAAGAGUAUUUUUUUUUAUGUGGCUGAGAAUCAACACUGGAGAUUGAGGGGAGAAAGAGUGUAUGUCUGUGUUAGAAAGAUAGAGACGAGAGAUCCCCGACAAUAACAACACAAGCAAGAAGAUUAAGAAGAAGAAAGGGCGGACACAUCAAGAUUUUUUUUUUUUUAAAUAUAGAAAAGCGAGGGACAGGAAAGCGACGGGGAACCCUCCACCUCCAGCAGUAUCGCCAUCUCUGCACUCCGAGCCACUGCUGUGUCUUCCUUACGAUGGGAAACGCUGCUACCGCCAAGAAAGGCAACGAGCUGGAGAGCGUGAAAGAGUUCUUAGCCAAAGCCAAAGAAGAUUUCUUAAGAAAAUGGGAAUGUCCACCACAGAGUACCACCGGUCUAGAUGACUUUGAGAGGCAAAAAACCCUUGGCACAGGCUCAUUCGGAAGAGUUAUGUUGGUAAAACAUAAAGGAACAGAGCAGUACUAUGCCAUGAAGAUACUGGAUAAGCAGAAGGUUGUCAAACUGAAGCAGAUAGAGCACACGUUAAAUGAGAAGAGAAUAUUACAGGCUGUGUGCUUCCCAUUUCUUGUAAGGUUGGAGUAUGCCUUUAAGGACAACUCUAAUUUAUAUAUGGUGAUGGAGUAUGUUCCAGGGGGAGAAAUGUUUUCACAUCUUAGAAGAAUUGGAAGGUUUAGUGAACCCCACGCACGAUUUUAUGCAGCUCAGAUAGUACUGACAUUUGAGUACCUCCAUUCACUAGACCUCAUCUACAGAGAUCUGAAACCUGAAAAUCUUUUAAUCGAUCAACAUGGGUACAUCCAGGUCACAGACUUUGGUUUUGCCAAAAGAGUAAAAGGCAGAACUUGGACGUUGUGUGGAACUCCAGAAUAUCUGGCUCCAGAGAUUAUCCUCAGCAAGGGCUACAAUAAAGCUGUGGACUGGUGGGCACUGGGUGUUCUAAUCUACGAAAUGGCAGCGGGCUAUCCUCCAUUCUUUGCUGACCAGCCUAUUCAAAUAUAUGAAAAAAUUGUCUCUGGAAAGGUACGAUUCCCCUCACACUUCAGUUCAGACUUGAAAGACCUUCUGAGGAAUUUACUUCAGGUAGACCUGACCAAACGGUAUGGCAAUCUGAAGAAUGGUGUAAAUGACAUUAAGAACCACAAAUGGUUUGCAACUACAGAUUGGAUUGCCAUCUACGAGAGAAAGGUGGAAGCCCCUUUCAUACCAAAGUGCAGAGGCCCUGGAGAUACAAGCAACUUCGAUGACUAUGAAGAAGAGGACAUCCGCGUGUCUGUUACAGAAAAAUGCGCAAAAGAGUUUUCCGAUUUUUAGAAUGUGAGAGUGAGGUUGCAUCAGGGCUAGUAUAUUGGGAUCUUUGCACUCUGCUAAGAGAUGGGGUGGAGCUGAGACCAUCAUAUUUGUUAAAACAAUUACCUAGUUCCUUCAUUCCACAAGGCUGAAUGAGGUUCUUAAUGCCAUAGUCCUUGUGUGCAGUUAGCACUAACCCUCAUACACAGGCACAUUUAAGGAGACACUCCCUGUGCUGCGACACAAAAUGCUAGACCACUUUCUUAACUUUCUUUUUGUUUAUUUUGAGUUCCGAAGCAGUUGUCUUUGUCUUUUAAUGUUGUUUUCCCCCCUCUUGUUUUUUUUUUGUUUUUUUUUAAGCAAAGUGGUAUUUUACAGAAGAAAAAAACAUCUUUUAUGUCAAUGUUUAAUGAUUGAGUGAUUGUAUCAGGAGGUGUUGCACUUGGUGUGAUAUAGGUUGAAAUGAAAGAUAGGUGUUGCUUCUAGUGUUUGCCAGCCAACAGUUUUUGUCUGUUACAUGUCUGAGACUUUAAAAGUUAUUAAAGAAAAAUCUUCAGCUAGCUCAGACUAGAAUCUAGACAACAUUCUUGGCAUCUUUCGGAAGUAGUACUAUAUCUUCGUGUGUAUCUAUAUAUCAAUCAAACAAGAAUAAAGCAUUGUGGUUAUCCAAGCAUGACCAAAAUUAGAAUGAAUUUGAUGGCCGACACAGGGUAGACAAAGCCCUGUGCCUUGAGAAUUCCUGUAUAAUCAAUCCCUAUCAAUUUUUCAUUCUUCAUCAGGACAGUAUCCAUGCCUUAAUACAGCUAGAUACUGCAGAGUGCGGCAAACCUACAGAUACAGCAGAACAUCGUCAAAGUAGAGAGAUCUUUGUACCAUUUGUAGCAGUGUUUUACCAGUAUGUCAGGUCAUAGAUCAUUUUGUUUCAACUCCUGUAAUACAUUUAUUGAAAUAAUGUUGGUACAUUUUUAAAUGAGGCACAAGAUAAAAGGAAAGUUUCAGGUACUAAGAGACAAUUUGGACCCCUUUUUAAAAUUUGGUAGACUUCUGCGUCACUGUAUAGCUCCGCUGCAAGCUGUGUUAAAACAAAAAAAAACUGUACUUGGAGUGAAGUGCCAUACUGAAAUGGUCCAUUGCUAGCUGCAACGUGUGCAAAAAGGGUUACUGACAAUUGUUUCUGUGGCACAGUGUUGGUAAAACUGGACUGGGCACGUGCAUUAACAAAAGUCACUCCAUUUUGAGUUUUUAAUGCUUAAGUUGUGUUUUGCAAAUUUCUCAAAUGAGAUGUGUAAAACUACCAUAUUUGUAUGUAUUAGAAAGUAAGAUUUUUUUUUUUUUGCUUGAUUUUAAGUUAUAUUCACACACCAACUAAGACGAUUACAAAUGCUGAUGUGUGCAAGCUUCAGCACUUUCUAUCCUGUUUAAUUCUGUGUUUUUUGAGACUCAUAAGUUACAUCUUUUUGCCUUUGUUUUCUUAUACAUAUUUGUUUUUAUUUAUACACAAUGGGCUGUCAAAUAAUAAAUUAUUAUUUUUUGAACAGUUAAGAAUGGCAUAGUUCUUACUGUCUUCAAGAAAGUACAUUUCAAGCCCAUAGACAUGAAAUAAUACCUUUUAAACAUUAAAACAGAUUAGUGUCGGUGUAUAGCCAUUGUACAUGUUGGAGUGUCGUGACUAAUAAUACACUGAUCACUUCCUUCUGAGCUAUAUGACACGCCUCAAAAACAAUUAUUUGUCAUCAUUUUACAUUACCAGUAUGGGCUCUACUAUCAAUUCUAUAUGUGUUUAGUUUGUUGGAUAUUUUGCACAACAAUGUCAUUAGAAGGCUGACACUGAUCGUAGUUUUUGUCCACCCAUAUUUACUUGUAUGUGCAAGGGAAGUAAAAAAUACUUUGCUGUAGCAGAUUUUAUGUAACAAAAGAUAUAUACGUCACGUUAAUAAAUUACAAAAAAAAUAAAAAUAAAUCCUUUGUAUGAAAAUGUUAAAA